CAGUUUCGUUCUAAGUAGCUAAUAACUAAGUCGAAGUGAAUUAGUUAUUAAUAACGAUUUUAAUUAAAAUUGAAACUUUUUUAUAUCGGUUUUUAAAAAAAAAUAAUUUUAAAAAUGAAAUCGUUCAUAAUAAGUUUAUGCUUUAUAGCAACAUUUGCUGCCGCUGAUCAUUUAAAUAUGGAACGUUUAAUGGCCUCACGUGAACAAUGUAAGGCUGAGUUUAAUAUUGGUCCACACUAUAUUGAAGAGUACAUCGUUACCCAUCACGAAUAUCCUAACGAUAGCUUCAUGCCAUGCUAUAUACAAUGCGUUCUUCAACGAAUGGGUGUAUUUGAUCCUUAUAAAGGUUUUGAUGAACAAUAUUUGGUUAAUAUGUUACAUGAAUAUGGCGCUGACGAGGAUGUAAUGAAAGCACAUGUACACUCAUGCAAUGAUGGCAAUAAACUUAAGACAGAUACCUGUCUUUGGGCACAACGCUUCUUUGAAUGUUUCCUUCACAAGCAUCCUAAUCUUGGAAAAACAAUCUUAGCAAUGCAAUAAAAAUCAACUUAACAAUUAAUUAAUUUCAAAUGAUGAAGCACUGAUUAAAAGAAUUUACAAAAUAAAUG